AUGCCUGGCGCAAGUGUGGCAGUAAUGCCUUCCUCGGCAGCCUCUACACCGGCCGCCCGUAAGGCCUCACUCGCCCCUGAGAGGAAAUACAAGUGCCAGUUCUGCAACCGUGCAUUCAGCAGAAGCGAGCAUAGGAGCCGACAUGAGCGUUCGCAUACCAAGGAACGUCCUUUCAAGUGCAUGAAGUGCCGCAGCACCUUUGUCAGACGGGAUCUGUUGCUCCGUCAUGAUCGCACUGUCCACGCGAAGGACGGCGGCGUCCCUCUCCACAGCGACGGCAAGCGCCGUGGUGGCCCCAAGACGGCCCGCCCUGUCACCACACCUUCCAAGCCCGAAAUUGCCAUCGACUCGUCUGCUCUCGAGCAGAUUGAAGCUAGUACCGAUGGGGUCUUUGAUGUUGAGACCGCUGCGAUGCUUGUUGCUGACCUGCAUCAGAAGGCUACCGCAGCAGCUCGGGCUAACAGCAACUACGACGGCAGCAGCCACUACGAGGGAAGCCCCAAUAUGUCCUUCUCGCAACCUGCGUCCACAAUGAUGGAGUCGGCCGCGCCAUACUCCAACAUGCAAUGGGACGGCUACAUGGGCCAGCCAGAGGCCAAGGGGCAUUCAAUCAGCUCCAGUUCGGCGUCUUAUGACGCCCAGAGCCACGGCCAGAUGCCGGGCAGUUCGACCCCGCAAGCGCCCUUCCCGCCGUUCCGUGCUCAUACCCCGGCUGACGCCCCUCAGCCGCCUGCGGGCUUCAAGCCCCCGCAGCUCCUUAACGACGAGGAACGCAACAUAGUUCUGGACAACAUUCGCAACUUUGACUCGGAGCAUGCUAUCCCUGAGGGCUUCCGCGUACCGACCCUGCCUCAGAUUAACCGCUUCCUGGCGACCUACUUCGGCCUUUUCCAUCACCACCUACCGUUCUUACAUCCUUCUUCAUUUGAGCCGACUCGUGUGUCACCGCCACUUCUUCUAGCCGUCCUGUCGAUCGGUGCUCUGUACGCCUUCGACCAGGAGCAGGCCUACAUUCUGCACAUCGGCUCGAAGGUUCUGGUGAACCAGUUCCUGCAGAACAAGGAGAACUUCAGCUCUCGCAAGUGCCCUCUGUGGACGAUGCAGAGCUCUCUCCUCAACAUGAUUUUUGCCAGCUGGAGCGGUGACCCGAAGGGUCUUGAAUGGGCCUGCUCGAUUAAGAGCUUGCUGGCCAACAUGGUUGCUGGAAACCGCUACGAGUUGAAACUUCGGCAAGAGGCUCGCGAGGGUCGGCUGCCCACUCGUGCCGAGUGGAUCGAGGACGAGGGUUGCCGCCGUACCUAUUACGCGGUCUACAUCUUCUUCGGUCUGCUGACCCUCACAUACAACCACACGCCGGCCAUCAACUUCAACGAGUUUGAGGAUCUUCAGCUCCCUUCAACCGAGGCGCUGUGGAACAUGAAGGUGCCGGAGGAGGCAUGGCCCGACCACCUCAAGGUGUCGCCGAGCGUCACGUUCAUGGAGGCGCACGACAAGCUGUUCUCGGGCGAGACGCUAAAGUACAGCGCGUUUGCGACUCGCGUCAUGAUCAACGCGCUCUUCCUCGAGGUGUGGUACCACAAGCGCAGUCCCGAGGCGCUGCAGGAUGUGGUGACGGAGUACAAGCUGCGUCUUGCUCUGGAGACGUGGGAGAAAUCCUUGGAUCUCUGCGAGCCCGAGGCUUUCUCUGUCCCGCUGAGCGCGCCGCAUAAGGGCCAUCCUCUCCUCUUCAAUGCCCAGGCCAUGUACCGCAACGCGCGGGCCCGGCUGGAGGUCGACUUGAAGACGGUGCAGGAGGCGCUGCGGUACCACGACUCGUACGAGGUGGCGGCGGCCAUGUCGAACGCGCGGGACCGCGUGAAGCGCUCGAGCGAGAUGAUCAAGGUCAUUCAGGAAUGCUACAACUGCAUCGAGACGGCGGUGCGCCAGGGCGUCCGGUGGGUGGCGCGCACAUCGCCCACCAACUGGAGUAUCGAGCAUCCGCUGUGCGGCAUGGACCUGAUGAUCAUCCUCAGCCUGUGGCUGUACCGUCUGGAACAUGACGAGGAGCCGGCUACUGAGGAGGAGACCAUCAUGUACAACCGCAUCCGCUCGCUGUUUGACAAGGAGACGGACGAACCGUACAUCACACAUCUGAGCUCGAACGUUGCCCGCGUCUGGGGCUCGAUGCUUGAUGAGGUGGUUGUUUGGGGUAUCACUCGUUUGAUGGGUGAAUCUUUCCGCCUCCACUCGCAGGCUCUUAUCGGCUACGUGGACGACAUCUCGGCUUCCUCCAACGUCUCGACGCCGUCCAUGACCUCUCAGGGUGCGGACGAGGACAGCGUGUACUAG